CCGCAGGGCCCUGGGCCCCCCGGCCCCAGGCAGGGGCCCCGCCUGCCUGGCGCUCGGCUGGCUCCUGCCCCGCGUCCCCGCAGGCGGCUGCCUUGUCGAGCGUCCUUGCCGGGAGGCGCUUGCCAUCCCCCUGGCAGUGUUGUCUCCUCAGAGACAAGCUGGGAGCUUAAAAGAAGCUUUUUAAGGCUAGAUUGUGCCUUGGCUGCAAGGAUGUGGCAUCUCGGGUAAAGAGGAGGGUAUCUUUUGCUCUGGCAUUCAUUCAGCCAUCCUUCUGCUGCCUUUCUCAAGGUCUAUUGUAUUUCCUAUGUGAACAGGUUUCCAUGAUCCUGGGGUUGUGCCAGCCAGGUGGUCAACAGCCACUUCUUAGUGACUUGGCAACCUCUUCUGCACCCUACUUUCCUCCUACGCACAUGGGGAGCGAAGGUGCAAGCUGCGCCCCAACAAGUGGCUGAAGACAAAUUUGUAUUUGAUUUACCAGACUAUGAAAACAUCAACCAUGUAGUGGUCUUCAUGCUGGGAACUAUACCUUUUCCAGAUGGAAUGGGAGGAUCUGUCUAUUUUUGUUACCCAGACCAGAGUGGGAUGGCAGUGUGGCAGCUGCUGGGGUUUGUCACUAAUGAGAAGCCAAGUGCCAUCUUCAAAAUUUCUGGUCUCAAAUCCGGGAAGGGAAGUCAACACCCCUUUGGUGCCAUGAACCUCCCACAGACACCAACAGUGGCUCAGAUUGGAAUCUCAGUGGAACUGCUGGAGAACCUGGCCCAGCAGACUCCUGUUGCAAGUGCUGCUGUGUCAUCAGUAGAUUCAUUCACAGAGUUCACUCAGAAGAUGUUGGAUAACUUCUAUAACUUUGCUUCCUCGUUUGCUGUCACUCAGGCACAGAUGACCCCGAAUCCUUCUGAAGCUUUCAUUCCUGCAAAUGUAGUUCUGAAAUGGUAUGAAAACUUCCAGAGACGUCUGACACAGAACCCUCUCUUCUGGAAAACAUAAGCUUAAAUUCUGUCAUUUGGGGUUCUUUCUAAAGUGUUACCUGAAAGAUGCAUCAAGUAACUCUACUGAAGAUUUUCGUGGGGGAGGAAGGCAAAAACCCAAACAACGAUUAGUCUAAAUAGACAAACUAGUAACUUUUAUAUUACUCUUGAACAGUAUUUAAAAUUAAAAUUGAUGAAAAU